CAGCUUUACAUAUCAUUAACUAUCUAUAUGUAUGUUUCUGCAAAAAAUCAAAACACCGUCCGGUGUUAAGUCCGGUAAAUGAAUAUAGAAUUUUACUGUGCAUUAAAGUUUAAAUAAAUAAAUAAAAAUCUCUAUAUCUAAUUUUUACCACAUUUAUGUUUUAUAGACGUGGUAUAAACUAUAAAAUUUCUAAUACAAUCUCGAAAGACAAUGUCGUGGAGUUACGCUGUUCCUGUUUUUUUCAUAAGAAGUUUGCAAGAGUAUUAUAAGUUACCGUGGUAAAAACCAGUGUACAACAAGGACAUAAUAUCUCUAAAUUUGUUUCAUUUGUUACUAAAUUUUUCAAAAAAUAUAAUAUUUAACUAUAGAUGAAAAUAGAAUAGCUAGUACCCGCACAAAACACAGGUGCAAUAAACUAAUUUAUAUUUUAUUAGUAAAGGAAUUUUGAAAUAAGUUCUCUAUAAACUAAGAAAUUCCCAUAACUGUUACUCAUAAAAUAAGAAUAAAAAUGUGUUGUAUUUCUGGACUAAACGAUUAACACAUAUCAUUAUCGAUUAAUUAUUGUACAAACUCGAUGUAUUUAUCGUUGAUAAAAAUAAUUACUUCUUAUUUCAUUUUAUCAGUAAGGCAACACUAUCUGUGCCGCUCUUCUGGUUUGUUAGUUGUCUUGUGAUUUUUCUUCUUGUUUAUAAUAAAAUUUUCAUGGAAAAAUAACGGAAAAUGUCGUGUAAAUAUAAAAGAUUUUGUGAUAUAUGUUAAUAAUUUACAUGUGUUUCAUAAGUGUACAUUCAUGUGUUUAACUUUUCAUUUGUGUAUAAUAUCAUGUGUGGCAAAGGUAUCAAGACAAGAAUGAAACAUACUUUUGCUUUGUAAUAGCCAGGAAUAGCCGUAAGAACCAGAGAGAUGGAGCACUCUGACCUAGUAGCAGAGAUGGCUCAGGUGGAGCACAUGACCACUCAGGAGCGGCUCCACUUAGCUAGAAGACGACGUAUUAACCAAUUAAAGAUAUGGCAGCAGCGAGAGAAGGAAUGGGCGCGAUCGCGGCCCAAACGAGAGAAGAGUGCCAAACGGAACAUCUACUUCAAUGACAGCGUGAUGCUGCUCGAAGCCGCUGCAAGGAACGAUAUCGACGAAGUGCGGCGUCUACUUGCUCGUGGUGUUACCCCGGACGCAACAAACGAAGACGGCCUCACAGCUCUUCACCAGUGUUGCAUCGACAACAACGAGGCGAUGAUGCGGCUCCUGCUCGACCACGGGGCGAAUGUAAACGCCGAAGACAGCGAGAAAUGGACGCCUCUCCACGCGGCAGCUACCUGCGGGAACCUGAAUCUUGUCCGUAUAUUAAUACAAAGAGGAGCCAACUUAUUAGCGGUCAAUGGAGACGGUAACAUGCCUUACGAUAUUUGCGAAGAAGAAAGGACCUUAGAUGCGAUCGAGAGUGAAAUGGCGGCUAGAGGAGUGACGCAAAGGUUAAUAGACGAAACACGAGCAGCUACGGAGAUGAAGAUGUUGAUGGAUGUGGCAGAGCUGGUGAAGGAAGGCAUGGAUUUGGACGAGCCGAGGGAUAAUCAGGGAGCUACUUUGUUGCACAUAGCGUCAGCGAAUGGGUACAUCAAGGUGGUGGAGUUCCUGCUGGAGCACCGCGCCUCCACCGACGUCGUCGACCACGACAUGUGGCAGCCCGUGCACGCCGCCGCGUGCUGGGGACAUUUAGAAGUAUUAGAAUUAUUAGUACAAUAUGGAGCCGAUCUCAACGUGAGAAACAAACACGACGAGACUCCAGCAGACAUCUGCGAGGAGGGCGAGAUGCGCGCGCGCAUCUUGCGGCUGGCGGCCGAGCAGGAGGAGCGGCGGCGGAGGCCCUCCGACCGCGCCGCCGCCGCCAGGCGCUCCUCCUCCACGGCCAGCACCAGCAGAGUGCGAUCAGUACGAAGAACAUCGUUACGUGAGAAGCAGUUGGCGGCCAAAGCGGACGCUAGGGGUGAAGCACGGCUUCGGGAGACUUUCGAUUCGGCGGUCGACGACGAGUUGCAGGGCUUGACGAACGGUGUGGAGAAUGAUCAGAACACGGUGAAUCAGUUGCAACCCGAUGAUCUACCACACAAACGGUUAUCCGCUGGCUCUACAACAUCCAACCAGAGUUAUGACUCGAAUGUUGAUUACGCGGUGCCCAAACAUUCCUACAACAAAACAAACGAUAACAACGUAUCGUACAACCAACCGAGAAUAUCGAAUCCUCUGUUCGGUGUGAAUGCCGCAUCCAAUUAUGCGCCUGGAUCUGUACCGAUAUCACAACAUGAUCCUAUGAACGACCAAAAACAUUACGAGAGAAAUUUACCGAACGGCGUCCGUAAGGCGCCAGAGGGACAAGAUAACGACUCGUUGAAGGUGGAGGACGUUUUAGACUGUAGGAAAGAGGUGAUAGUGAACCCCAAACAAAUCGCGAUCACAGAUGGCGGCACCGCGACCUACACCACAGACAAUAAUGGUAAAAUCAAUGUUCAUGUCACCGUCAUGAUUAAUGCAGGCACUCUUGCAGAUUUGAAAAAACAACGAGCACAAAUAAGAACGAACGGCAGCCCGGUAGAGAGCAGCGUCACAUCGAACAACCAUAGUAUGAACUCGAUACCGGAGGUGACCAAACAAGAUAUGCCAGUGCAACUGAACCCUUUGAGCAUGUCGUCCAGUUCAGCGACAGUGACCCGCUUCUCAGGCCACACCAGUGACGUUGUCGGCGAUACCAGGUCGCAAAGGUGCUGUGUUAUUAUGUAGAAAAUAGAUAACAAUACAUUUCAUGUGAUUUUGAUUGACACGGUGACUUGAGUAGGACGAGGCGAGAUUUGAAUACGGCCCUGGACGAGGCAUGCGAUGAUGACUAGCGCGUGUUUCUACAAAUCAGGUCUUUAGACACUAGUCACUUGUUAACAAGCUAAAUAAGGAAAUACGAAAAUAAAUCUUUUAAAAUUUGGCCAUAAAGAUGUUUCCUUCAGGUUCAACAAUGAAUAAGGCCGUUACUAGAACAGCCGGCCCUGCACCGUGUUGCAUCCUAGUCUUUGGAUUUUUAUGCAAAGAACAAACAAAGGAGCAAGUGUAUAAGUCUGAUUGUCAUUCCAAAAAAAGUUAUUUUGUGUGAUUAAGUUCGUACCAGAUGACUUUUACAAUUGGUCUACGCGGCGAAUGUAAGGAAAUUAGUAUCACAGAUAAAUUAAUUAUUUAAUGUCGCCGUUGUUAGUAUAAUUGUUAUUUAACAAUGAUCAUUGCCGAGAGAGUAUUGCCAUUUUUACUCGAGAAACUAUGGCUUGCCAGUGUGCUAGAAACAGUGUGAUAGUUCUAAAAGAGCUCAACAGUUAUUAUCUAGAAUUAAGGGUAAUAUAUAAAUGGUUGCUAAUCUUUUAUGUAGUAUUAGAACUGAAUCCUAAUUGUGUACAGUUAGUGGUCUUCUAGCGGUAUUUGUAUAUAAAUAUUUAUAGUAGUCGCUUUAUUUUUUUGUCUAAACAUUCCAUUGAAACUGUAUUAUUUAUAUCGAGAGAAAUAUUGUGUAUUAUUAUUUAAAUAAUUUAUUCAUUUAGAAAUAUGUGUAACUAGGUACAUGAAUAUAUUUAUCAGUAUUCCAGAGAUGUUUUGAGUCGUAAAUGUCUGUAAAUGGUUUUUUAAUUGUUAAUAAAUAAUAUAAUCAAAAUAAAAUACAUUGCUGAGGAAAACCAAGUUGCAACAAAAAUAGUGAUUAUUCGAAAGUGCCUCACUGAUUGGAUUACAUUGGAUCUUUUAUACAAAAUAGCAUUUCGUACCUUAAUGCAAGUUAUUUAAUUCUGAUAUGGAAAAAUAUAAUUUAUUUUGAUCAUGUAAUAAUUAAUAUAUUCCAGACACUGUAGUUCGUAUGUAAUUUAGUAAAUUUGUUAGGACUCGAGUGAUAUCCUUACUUAACUGCGAUGAAUGCCUUAUUGAAACAAUGUAAUGUAUCUUUUGUUAUGUGGACCACUUUAUGGUGAUAAUGGGUACUAGUAGAUGUCUAUUCGCAUAUUAAAUAAAAAAGUAAGUACUACAAUUGAACCGGACAUAAUUAUUUUUAAGGUUACAUACUGCAAAAUUUACGUAACAAACGCUUUGUGGAAAAAAACAAUUCAUAAUUGGUGUACGACGUAUCUAUUUUGUUAUUAUAAUUAAAUCAUUAUGAAACAAUUCAGUAAUGAACAUCGUAUUUAAAACGGUUGUAUACACACAUUAUAUUACGAGAAAGAUUUUUUUAUUUAAUAUUAAAUAUACUUAAAAAAAAACACUAGUGAAAUAAAUAGCGAAAUCUAAUAUCACUCUUAGAUAAGGUAACAUUAAUGCUCACGCGCUUAAAAUAUAGGCGCUUGAAAUGUGAUUAUAUCAAAUAAAUAGAUUGAAUUAAAAUAACUUCAAAAUAAGCAUGUUAAGAUAAGCGUAUUUGGGCAGCUUAAUUUUAAAAAUCUUCCAAAACAACAAAGACGUCGUCUGAGUUCCAACUUUCUAACAAAAGACUGGAUUUGUUAUGUAGGUAUUAUAUUUUAAUGCAGUCGAGCGUAAGAGCAACUUAAGCAUUGCUUUAUACUAUAUACGAUAGACAUUUGAUGGAAAAAAAUAGUGAAAUGGUUAAAAAUUUUUUACAAUAAAUGUGGCAUGAGUAAUAGUUGCCCAUGCGCAUCGACUGUCGUAUUUGAAUCCAAAAUACAGCUGAUUGUUGAUUGAGCGAGGGGGGCCACGGCAUUCGUGCUGUUAGUACGUUUUGACGUCCGUAUAUUGCUGUUGCAUAUAAAAUUAAACUAUUCAAUAGGAAUAAAGAUUUUUACUUUUUACUCAAUAUUUUACUUUUGACAGGGAAAUUAUGUAAUUUAGUUUCACAUCAAACCCUUUAUACUGAAGGCAGAUACUGUUUUUUAGCGAACUUUGUUCUUACGUAUUGUUUUUUACGCUUUGUUUAUGAAAUAUAUGAACUACAAAAUUGAAUGAAAAUUAUGAGGAUAAUGAAGGAGUUCAUAUUUAGGGCACUAACAUAAGCCAAUCAUUGUAAGUUAUAUAUUAUGACUAUCGUCAUCAAACGAUCCUAGAUAAUUUUUGAUUAGGUAAAAAACCUUUUCUUAACAAAAGUGAUACUUUAAAAAUAAAUAAAAUGUAUUCUUUUAAUUUUAAAAGUAUGCAUUGUUUCGAAAAUUAAUCCACUAUUAACUGUUAAAACCUUACGAACUUAAUUUGUUCUGUUUUCCUAUCAUUAUAUUUUUUUUAGUUGAUGGAGAAAAGUUAACGAAUUAUAAUAUGCAGCUAUUAAUUUAUUAGUAUUUAAUUAUUUUUUUAUUAUUGUCAUUCAGUGAUCGUCUACUACAUUUUUUUUACAGAAUAAAAUUUCAAUAAUAACAAUGCUACGUGCAAUAUACGGAUAAAUUAAAAUAGUCGAGUGCCUUUUUAAUUGUUUCUUAGUGCUAAAUAACUCAAGCCGUGCCAAUUGUUUUCUAUCUGUUGAAGUUAUAGCGUGACACUUUUAUAUUUUAUUAUAUUAUAUCAAAGCGCAGUAGGUGUCAAUACAAAGUAAUGAUUUAAACUCUCGUAUCAUUUACGUAUUCCAGUAAUACAAAUAAUUAGCCAAUCUUUACUUUAUAUUGACCAAUCGCAACAGCGACAUUUUCAGUAAAAGUACCUACGUACGGAAUGUAUUGUUAUGACUUUUGUUUAUAAUUACUGAAUAUGUUGCUGUGUAGGGCCUGUCUUACCGUCUCAGAUAUGUGAGAGCGAUUUUGUAUUUUAACGUAAAUUAAAAUAAAAUUUUGUUCAUAAGCGUUACACAGAAUAAAAAAAAUACUGGGAAAGAGGGUACAUUAAAUAGAAAUAAUUAAAAUUCUAAAAUAUGCUGUCAUAAUAGUACAAUAUAAGUCUGCGAGUGUCAAUUCUUUUUUUAUUCUGUGUGAGGGAAUAACAGUUUUAAGUGUCUACGCUUCGCGUCUCUAGCGGUGAGACAGACUAAGUACAGUAGUAGCAUUUUUUACACUUUCUCCAUUAAUACGUUUCAUUAGAACGAGCGAGCCGAUAGAUGUCGCCCGAUGCAUUUAAUACCAAGUAAUAAAGUCGUUAUUGUGGUAACCCUCCUAUUGUAGAAAGAUUAAAAGACAAAUUAAUAUAAUGAACAUCUUUUAGUAAACUAGAAACUAAAUAUUGUCUAUUUCUUAUAAUCAAGUGUUCAAUGUCUGUGUUAUAUCUGAAAGUAGCAGCUUGACAUUCCCAUUUAUUGUGUUAAAUAUGCUUUUAUAUAGCCUUUUUGAUAUACAUUUAUCACUUAGAUAUCAUUGUGUCCCAUCCACAAUUCAUUCGUCCAUAUCUUUAGUCAUUAGUAUAGUGAAUAUUAUUUCUAUAAAUCAUUAUAAUUAUCUUUAGUACUUAAAAAGUACUUAAAAGAUUGUAUUUUAGAAUUGUUUAAUGUGUGUAAAAAGUAAAUUAUUUAAUUCUAUAUUUAAAUAUAAAUUGUAUAGGUACUUAAAAAGUUAUACCAAGCAAUAUCGAAGGGCCUUAAACAGAUUACAGAUUCACGUUUUGUUUUCAGUAUUAUUUUAUAUAAAUUUACAUUUUUAAAAGACAACAUUAUGUGAUACUAUUGUAUGCGAACGUUUUUGCCUAUUUUCGAAACGUUCGAUACUUCAUUUUAUAAUAGUAAAUAUAAAUUAUUCAUAUCUUAAAUUUGUGAGUUGUGACGGCAGUGAAUUUUUUUGUACUUUUAAAGAACUAAGUACUUGUAGAUCAUAUCCUUUCAUUUCAUACUACUUAUCUUGCCUUAACUCGAGCAAAUUGAUACAUAAUAUUACAUUUAUUAUUCACAAAUUGUGUUGUAUGUGUAAUUUUUAUAUAAAUUAAAAACUAAAUGUAUUAAAAUUAAAUGUCUCAAUUGAAAAAUACUUAAAUACACAAAAAUCAUUCAUUUUAAACUCUUGUGAAAGUAUUUGCAAUGUUACAAUUUGAUCUCUUUUUCUGACAUCAAAACAUGUUACAAUCCUAAUUGAUUAUACCACAAAGUAUUUAAUAUUUACUCCAUGGAGCUUAUAAAAUUAAGACAAUAAUAUUGAGUUUAUAAUAUUCAUUAGACAAUUCUUGUAUUCUUCUACAGUUUGAAUUAUCUGUAAGAACACCUGGAUUAAUUUACGUGUAUCUUAGUCGAGAAUCCUUGUAUAUUUUCGGGACCAUCCAGGACCCUUAGUCUUAAGCGGCCGUGAUGCGAGCCUUUCUGUAAGUAAUUCGGAUGUUCUUACAUUAUACCAUAAUGUGUACUUACGAAACUUUUAACAAUAACAUGUAUUUUUAAAACAUUUCAAAGAUAAUAAUAGAAAACAUAUUAAAAUAUUUUGCACGAAGUGAAAUUAAAUAUUUGUGAAUAAAUCAUUGAUAAUUUUGUUGAUUAACGCCUUACGUCACAUAAAAGUAAAUAUUUUUUUUAACGUUGAACUAAGUAAUAAUAAAUUGAUAAUAGAACGAAUUUAUUUAUUUUCGCGUAACGUCACUGAAGAUAAACAUAGCGGGUUGUUUUUAUAACGUAGCAAAUAAGAAAUAAAGAAAACGUUAUGUAUGGUUAGUAAUUGAUAGGUUAAUUUCAUUAAUGACAAAUAUUCCAAGUAAGAGGAAUUUUAUUGCAAAAGUGCAAAAUAUCCAAUUUCCAUUGCACCAUAUUAUACAUUUUUUUUAAUAUGGAGAUCUUAUUUUAAAUUCAAAUUUAAUUAUUAAUAUCAAUCGUUAGUCUUGCCUUAAUAUCAAUUAAUAUUUCGUAACAUAUAUUAUUGUAUAUAAUAUGGGCCAUGGAUCACCCAUUAUGAUCAUGUUUCUAUGAUGUAUACGUAUUCAAAAUUUGUACAGGCGUUUUAUUAAUAUUUAAAAAGAGGUGAGAUCAGUGAGAGAUCUAUUUGUAUAUAAUAUUGAUAAUUAGGUCAACUUUUAGUCAGUUAAAGUAAGCAACAUUUUGAUCAUAAUUUCGUUCUAUUGUAGACAAAAUUUAAUACUAUAUUUAAGACUGCGAAAUCCUUAGAAUUUCCUACUUGUCCUUUUAUAAGCGUUUGGCAAUUAUUAUUAAGAUUUGUAACAUGGAAAUAAUUGUUUCCGCUUACCUACGUAUAUGAUAUAUCCAGUCCCCUGGAUAAGUGACAAACGAAUCUAUCGAUAGUCCCGUCAUCGUUACCGCGUGGAUAAGAUAGAACGAUACUGCUUCUUGUUCUAUCUCAGGUGAUAAUAAAAAUUUUAAUACCGAUAGGUUUGGUUGCGAUCUAUCUGGAGGGGUUGUAUUGAAUUUAAUAAAAAUAUUAAUUCAUAAAGUCAAAUAGAAAUUCUAUAAUUAAGACCUUGCCACCUAGUCUUGCCUUCUCUUGGACCAUACUUCAUAUCCUACAAUAAUAAAACAAUCUAGUACUCCAUAUUCGUAACAAGGUAUUAGAUAUUUUUUGUUCUAUAUUUAAAUUCUUGUCCUACAAUUCAAGAUUUUUUAAUAAUUAAAGUGCUAUGUUGUAGUAAUAGGUUUUGGAUAGUCCAAUAUUAUUUGGCAGUAUUUAUAAAUUACUAAAUGUUUCUUUUAAUCAUCAAAAGAGAAUAUUGUGGAUAAUAAUCAUAUCAAACCCCAGGUUGUAAAUAUCCAAUUUCAAACUUGUAACAUAAUGGAUGUAUAGACUAAAAUACAAGUUGUUAAUCACAAUUUUUUUAAUUUGUAUUUUUCAACAAGUAGAGUGAAUACUGUUUAUUCAAUUAAUGAGAGAGAUAAAAUAAUAAAUAAUUUAUUGCAAAUAAAAUGUGGUUAAUGUAAUUAAAUUGAUGAUAGUAGAAAGCUAUUGUUAAUUUUCGCUUAAUUAAAAGUAUUUCUUGUGUUUGUGACUAAUUUAAACGUCAUGUCAGAUUUUAAAAUGUUGCUAGUGAAAUUAAAUAAAUCUUUUUAGAAAUUACACAGGAUGUAAAAAUUGUACGUAAUGGAUAAAAUGUGUACUUAAUUUUUGGUUUCUGUUUUGAGGAAUGGAUAUUACCAGCUCAGGUUUCGCUCAAAUAUACAGAGGAUUGACUGUAUUCAUUGUAACCUAAAUAUACGUGCAUAAUACGUACGUAUUUCAGAAAUAAGUCGAUAAACUUGCAUACUUAAACAUUUUUUUAUAUAUAUUUUAUUGCAUAAUUAAUAACAGGAUUGACUUAUGUAUAUUUCUAUAGAGAAUGCUCGGCAAAAAUACACUUACUAACGUAGCUUAAGAACCAUCCGGUACACUUAAUCAUAAGUGGGCAAUAAUGCAAGCACAAGUCUGCUUGCUGAGGCUUGUAUAUACAUAGAUGAAUAGUUUUUUUUGCAAUAAAAUAUAUAGUUACAAGUACAUUUAAUAAUAAAGGUUCACGUCUAAAAUUUCGAAAUAGGUAAUGGAUAAUUUUGCAGUCAGUCGUCUGAUGUUUAUCACAGCUCAAAAUCUAUACGUAUUUUACGUUACUGUCUAAAAUAUCAAAAUAUUUUUACAGUACAAUUAUAACAUUAGUACUAUUAUUUCUGCCAAUACACACGAAGUCUUACAUAAAAAGUCAAUGCAAGUUGUGUUGGUUUUAUUUAAGUUACUAUGUUGUUAUUUAUUUCAAUGUAAAUAAUUAGGUGUUUGGUAUUAAUCUUGAUUGUGAACAGUAGUGUGAACUUUAGUUGGAACAAUUAUUGUUUGUAAAUAAACGUUUAAUUUGCCUUAAAACGUAAAAAAUAAAUAUGUAUACAAAUUUAA